AUGGCGGCGCGUCCCAAUAUGGACCAGGCGCAGCCUGGAGACACUCUCCUGGUCAUCCACGAGUUCAACGCGCGCAGCCCCGACGAAUUGAGCCUCAAGCGCGGCGACCGCAUCGAGCUCAUCGAGCGCGACGACGACUUUGGCGAUGGCUGGUUCCUGGGCCGCCACCUGCAGAACGGGCAAACCGGCCUGUUCCCAGAGGUCUACACACAACUGGCCCCGCGGCCAACAUUUUCCUCUGUCCUAAAUAAUCGCCCUGGCGUUGCCUACACUACCAGUCCCACAGCGACCACCGGCCCCUCGUUUGCGACUCUCGAUGCCGCCAGCGACCAACCGCAGUCAACGCCGCCACAGUCCGACUCUCCUGCCCCUAGCGCCACGGGUAUCCAGCGCUCUGCGACCGCCCCAAUGGCGCUCUCUGCGAUUGCCACCAUGAACAACGGCCAGCGGGCGCUUUCAGGAGAGCAGAGGAGCCCCGUCAUGAACGAGACCCUGAGUGUUAUCGACGAGCAUCUGACCGAUAUCAACACGCCGCGCGGGAGCAUGCUGCGCGACCUCCGCACCAACAACGAUAGUGGGAGCGAGUACAGCAGCCAUGUCGAGCACCGAUUGUCGUACAUCAACGGCCAGGAGACCGACGAGGAGGAGAAUGGAUUACACACUUUGCAUGAGAUCAGGCACUGGACGCCGCUCCACGUCGCCGAGUGGUUGGAGGACGUCGGAGUGGACAGGCGUCAUUGCGAAGUUUUUAAGGAACAGGAAAUAUCGGGUGAAGUCUUGCUGGGCAUGGAUCAGGCGUCGGUCUUCAUGAAAGAAUUCGAUCUCGGUCCCAUCGGGCCCCGUCUAAAGAUCUGGCAGAAGAUCAAAGCCCUCCAGCAAGAAGUAGCCGAAGCGGUGCGUAAUUCUCAGAGCAUACAGGACUAUUCGGGCUCGGAGCAGGGCUCGAACGCAGGAUCCAUUCGCCAUCGCAGCACGUCGAUUGGCACGGUCCUGCCUCGCAUUCCAAGUUUGAUGGAUUCCAAUGGUGCCAGGCCGUCGAGUCGACAGCAGGUAAACAGAGGAAGCUCGCAGCAAUCUGUACCCGGCACACCAGGUUCUCCCCUCAACGACACCAGACGCCCAUCUGCGGCGUCUGUGAGAGAGAUGAAUCACCACCGGAGGCAUUCUUCGGUCGAGUUUGCGAAUUUGCCCACAACACCAACCACUCCGAGCAAUGUUCACGUAACCCAAGCAACGCCGAACGCACAUAAAAAGCAGCCAUCCUUUGAUCGGAACUGGAAAAUGGGAGACGCCAAUGGGAGGCCAGCGUCCUCUGCGCAAAUGCGGCCUGAAACUCCCACUGAAGGCAGUCCACGUGGCGCAGGUCUGAAUGUGGUAACGCCCGAUCUCGACCGCGGCUAUUUCUCAGGCGGAGAAGUUGAGAAUCGCAAACACAGAAAUGUCCUGCGCAAGGGUCACAGCCCAAGUCAUUCCCGGACGUCGAGCUCUGGCCAGGAUGGAAGGCGCCUGUCAGCGUUCAAACGUCACAGCAGAAUUGGUAGUAGCGACUCGAUGCGGGACACGACCGAACCUACCGCUCUGCUUUCCUCUUUCUACAGCCCUGGGACGAAACGCAGCCAGAGUGCGCGCACAGCCAGCGGACCUGAGUUGCGGAGCUCCCCUAAAGCCAUCAGCAAGGAACGAUCUGCAACUGUCACUAAACUGGAUUACGGGACGCCAAGUAUCGACGCCAUUGCUUCGUCGCCGAACCUGGCAGAGAGCGAGGAAACGACGGCAGGCGGCCGCGCCUCGCCGCCGCCAGCCAUUCAGCGGUACCCGAAGCCGCGUGCAACGGGUCUUCGAGCCAUUUCAGACGCUCUUGCUGGAACUCUGAGCGGGGCGAAGAACCUCCCUCCUGUCUCUCCCAACAAAGACUCUGCUAUGAACUCUCCAGCACGGACCGGAUCCAGCACGCCGUCACAGACUUCGAAGAGCUUUGACUCUGGAGAGGCACCACCGGAUGUCCUUCGCAGCGCAACGGGCAACUCGAUGACGUCCAGUACCGCUAGCAGCGGACCGAAGAAGAAGACAAAGAAGGAAACAAGUGCAUACCAGAGGGGCCUGGAGAACAAGCCGCCUUCAGAAACGAUACCGGGCUCUGACUACAACGGAUGGAUGAAGAAGCGAUCGUCGAAUAUGAUGACAACAUGGAAGACGAGGCUGUUCGUGCUCAAGGGCCGACGUCUGUCGUAUUACUAUUCGGAGUUCGACACGGCGGAGAAGGGUCUGAUCGAUAUUUCGGGUCACCGUGUGUUGCCAGCAAACAACGAACGUAUGACGGGCCUCCAUGCGAUGAUGACUGGGGCCAAGUCAUCACCAACGUCUCCUCAAAACGCGACCUUGACGACGUCAGCGCAAACGGAUGCGGCAAACGAGAUUGACCUCAAGGAAGACCCGUCGGGCAUGUUCAUCUUCAAGCUAGUGCCGCCUCGGGCUGGGUUGUCGAAAGCCGUCAAUUUCACCAAACCAACGGUGCAUUACUUCGCAGUGGAUAAUCUUCAACAGGGACGUCUCUGGAUGGCAGCGCUCAUGAAGGCAACAAUCGAUCGCGACGAAAGCAAAGAAGUCAUCAGCACAUACCAGCAGAAGACGAUCUCUCUCGCCAAGGCACGGGAGAUGCAGCAACGGCCCCCGGCGCUGAUGGGCGAGGACGAGGAUGAGGAGAACAUCAAUCCCGACAAGAUCGACGAAGAGGACGAGGAACGAGGCUUGGCUAUAUCUGGCCUGGAAGACGAGGGCGACUCGGCAGACGAUCCGAAGCGAUCAGGCAGUGUUGGGACUAGCGAGGCGGCAGCGGCAUCGGUGAAUAGCGAGGCUGCGAGUAAAGAGUGA